AACCUAAUAAUUUAAAUACCAAUUUUUGACAUGUGUUCCAAUAUUUUUGUUAUUGAAAAACAAAGGAAGGGAAUGAUCGAAUGUUCAGGAUAUACUAUUUAAGAACAAAGGCAUACAUUAUCGCUAUUUCAAACAAAUAAUAUAAAUUCUCACAAGCAUGAUAACAAAUAGGAACUAUUUAUAAGAUAACAACUCAAUACAAUAAGUAAAUUUCUGGUGUAUUCUAUUUAUUGAUUCAAUCACAACUAUCUAAAGUACAGUUGUGAUUUAAGGAUGAGAAAUGAAAGUGGAAAUUGGUUUUGAAGAAAUAAAUAUUUUUUUGAUAGAGGAAUAUAGAAAAUAAAAGUCAUGGAAAACAAACUAAAGAGAACACAAAGUUUUACUAAAGAGACCAAUGCUAUAUGGGCUGCAUGGUUACGAAUGGGUAAUCGAGAGGUUUCAAGAGAGGCUGUUGCAAAAGGAACUCAUGUAGAUCUUGCUAUAAAGUUUUUAUCAACUAGAAAUGAAAUAACACAAGUUGAUGCUGAGACCUGGUUCAAAAAUGAAGUUGUUAUUUGGGUUCAGGAACUUCUAAGAAGAAAACAAAUUCAUAAAUCAAAACAUAUCCUAAAUAAUGCUGGAUUCGACCCAUUAAAGGAACUACAUAAUAUAUUUUUUUUAACUAACUCUGUGGAAUUAAGGAAAUAUAUUGGUGAUCACUUGAUAGAACAGAAAUAUAUGGAAGAAAUUACAAAAAAUCUCUGGACUUUUCUUGAAAUAAUACUUGUUAAUCGAAAUAGUGUUGCUGGUUCUUCAAUCUGUGAAUCUGUUGCUGAUCUAUACAAAAAGAGUCCAGAGUGGCAGUCAAAAAUUGCAUCUACUCUAUUUCUUCUAGUGUAUGAUAAUCAUUUGGUUCCUUUUAUUAAACCUUUGGAUCUUUUUAAAUAUUUGAUUGCUACAAGCGAUGAACUCAUGAAAUGUUGGAUAGCUCUAAGUUUUGGGAAUCUAGAAUGUGUGGAAAUCAAUUGUAAUUCAAAUUUAAUGGAUUUCUUCAUGAAGAAUACCAUUACUGAGGAAAUGUUGUUAGUUUUAAACUGUCAACAUCUAGGGUUGUCUAAAAAUUUGAAGGAGGAUAUAUUCAAUGAACUAUGUAAAUAUGGAGUCUUUAUGAAGGAUGAAAAAUUAGAUUUGAUCAAGCUUCUGAAACGGUUUUUAAAAUUUGAUAUUUCGACCAUUUAUGAUGUAUUACAAUCGGAAAAGUCUUCUGUGGACAUAAAGGAUUUUAUUAAAAUGUUGAAUGAUUAUUGUGUUGAAAAUCGAAUUUUCAGCAUUUUAGGUGAAUGUUCCAAAUACUUACCUCUGGAAAAUUAUAAAAGUUUGAUAUCAUCCCAUGUAGACUUAUUAAUUAAGUACAAACAAUUUAAGUGGGAUUCUGAAGAUAGCUUAAGGACAAAUAUAAUGGCGACAAUUGAUUUUAUAAGAAAAUGUGAUUAUAAAGAAUACUUUGAAAGGAAUCCACUUGUUUUGUGUAGCUUGAUUAUUUUCAAUAACGACAUCAAAUUUUUGGAUGCCUUUCAUGAAAAAAUUAAUGUAGAGGGAGUUGAAAUCUCAAAGUAUUACAAUACUAUACUUUCCAAAUUUGGAAUAAUAAGGAAAUUAGUUGAUAAAAAUGAAGAAAACGAAGUGUAUAGCAAUAAGAGUUAUUAUGCUCUACUGGAGAAACAUUUGAAAAUAAAUACAAGAAAACUGUUUGAAUACAGAUAUACAAAUGUAGAGUUACCUCAUUUCAACUGUGAUAGAUUAGUACAAAAGUAUGGAUAUAAAAAAGAUUUAGAUUAUGUGUUUUACUUAAGAGAGUUAAGACCAAGUAUAGCUUCUAAGUUAGUAAUAUUAGAACAAGUUCAAAUAAAAGAUAAUAGCAAUAAAGAUGAAAUAACAAACAAGCAAGUGAAGAAGGUGUUCAAAAUUGCUUUAAAUUCCUUUGAAGUGAAGGAAUUAGCUUGCAGCUGUAUUUGUUUCCUAGAAAUGAUUAACGUACCAUCGGAUAAACUAAAAAUUUAUUUGAAUGUUGUUGAAAUUCUUCAUGAAUCUGGAUAUGAUUCUGAGCAAUGCAAGGAGAUGUUUCAAUAUCAUUUAGAACAAAAUUAUUUCGAAAAUAUUGAGGAACUAUUGGAAACUACAGUUUUGUUUGGAAUUGAUUUCAAUUUUCAAAGUGGACAAGAUUUCAUUACUGCCAAGGAAAAAUAUGAUAUCGUUAUCAAAUUUGGCAGAGUUAAUAACUCAAAACUACCUGAAGGUUUCCUCAAAAAUUGUGCAAUGGCGAACGAUUGGUUAUCGUUCAUGUUAUUCGCUCAGAUCUAUUGUUACCCAGCUGACCAAAUCAAAGAAGUAUGUCAGUGCUUCAAAAACCCUUUUUAUUUGGAACAUAUUUUACACUGUGUUACCUACGAUAUACAAGUAGAGGAAGAGAAUGCACUGAUGAAGGGAAGGGACUCACGAAAGGCAUUCCUCUCGAGAAUUGGUGUAAGAUUGAGCAGUGAUCCUUCCGGUCCCUACGAUAUAUAUUCACUGAAGACCCAAUCGGUUACCAGGAGUGAUUCGUUAGAUGUUUUGGAGAUCGAUAUUUUGAAUACCAAAGCGACGUUGUUGCAGACUCUUAUUAGGUGCCAUAAUAGUGUCGAUCCUCCCAAGGCUCUCCUUCAAGCUUGUCAUAUGUACAGACAUCCCAUCUUAGCUAUACUUGCUACAUGCUACGAGCCGGACUCGGUGCAUACUAACUGGUUGACGUGGUUGGUGGUUUCCUGUGAUCUACAUAGGACCUAUAUGAAUGUUGAGCACAUUGUUACAUUGGCAGGCACCACCAUGGAAGUUCUGAAUAAAGCUAUGGAGAAUAGAUUUCCAGCUACAUUAUUACAAAGUUUUCAAAUAUUCUUUCCUAAUAAUGGUUUGAAGCAUUUCCUCAAGUUUCUACAUCUGGGUAUUCAGCAUAUAUUCGACCUAGACUUGAUGUCCAACGAAUUAACAGCCUUCAAAAAAUCCCUGAAAAUUUGCAGAAAGUCAAGCAUCCUCCCGGAAUUCGACAGAGAAAUCACAUACCUGAGAAACAGAUUCUGGAUAGAAGAGACCGCUCUUACCCUGAUGGCUUCAGCUCUAGAAUACAACUUUAGGUCUACAUACGACCAGAUAGCUUUCCUCAAAGUAAUAAAGGCACUCGAAGUCCAAGAAAUGUUCUGUAUCGAAGUACCCUCGUUCUACUCCAUUUUGAACAUACUGACAGCCUUGUAUGAGGAUGGCAGUAACAUUCGCCUGGAUUUGAGCAGGGCCCUCAGCCUCGUCCACCAUAGGGAAGCUGUGAUAAAGUGCCAAAACGACCUUCUUCACCAGAAAAACUUCAGCACUGCUUUGAAAGUGGCCCAGAUAGGGAAUUUGCCUUGCGAUUUGGUGAUCUUGAUGGAAUGGGAGGAUAAACUUGAUAACAGGGUGGAAGAUAAGAGUUUCUGGUCAGAUUGUAACGAGUCUUUCAAAUUUCAUGGAGUUACAGCCGAUAGGGUCGUUGAGUUUUACUCCAACUCGACGGAUAAGAUAACCGACGAACUAGUAAAGUUUGAGGUGUCCAAAUUGGCAUAUCAGUGGGCUAGGGAGUUCCAGUUGUCCUUCCAGUACGAUCUGGAGAAAGCUAUGGUCUUAAAUUAUAUCAAACUGGAAGAGAAACAUAAGAACCCCGAUUUGUUGGACGUUCACGCUGAAACUCACCUUUACAAGGAUAUCUUGAGCAAAAUGGAACAACUUCCAGCGAAGGACAGCUUUGCAGACAAGGAUUCUGAGUAUAAAGUUUCCGAUCUGGUUUCGCUGGCAUUGGAGAAAGGUAACUUUUUCUUCGCUCUGAGACUGGAAAGGAUGUUUCCCUGCAAAUGCGUCGAUUUGGAUGUUUUGAAGUUGUGCUUCAGUCUGGCGGAAGGUUUGCUGACGCCCAGUCAGCUAAGUAUGAAGGAUAAGACGUUGCUCAAUAAGAAUUCGAAUUUUAAGAGUUACAGUUCAAGCAGAAGGACGUUGUUUUCCAGUAGGCUUUCUGGAUUGAACACGAUUGUCCCUUAUCAGUAUUCAUCGUCACCUGUCAUCAAUACGGAUUCAAAUCUAGAAGGAGGAAGGGAAGAAAUUCUGAGUAUACUCAGAACUCUUUCUGAGAAAUUAGUAAGUGGAUCGCAAAUAGGUUCGAAAAUAAUACAAACAUAUCAAGUGAGUCUAAUGCUCCAAGUACCAUAUUACACGGUUCUUAGCAACCCCGAUGCGGGUUUCUUGAAAAAAUCACUGGAAAAAGAUUGUUCGACCAAACUGGAAUUAGUUCACGAUUUCGUUUCAAUUCACAAAUGGAGCAAAGUACAGGUAUCUGAUUUGAUCUGCGAACAACUGGUAAACCAUUUACAGAACUAUGUUGAAACAAAGGCCGAUAAGCCUAUGAUGUGGGACUUGAACCUUAACACCCACUUCCACUACAUUUUACGCCUCUUCCAACGGGACUGUUCCAUACUGGGUCGAAAGAUAUUCAACUACGCACAAGUCCUUUUCAGAUCUCACAUGACUUCCACCCACGAAAUCAGAAUGAACGAAUUGACCUUCAUAGUCGAGCUUAUAAUAAAGGCCAACGACUGCUUCACUUCGGACUGCAACAUGCAAGGGAUAUCCAACGUUUUGAACCAAUGCAAGACGAUGGUCAUGCAUUUGGUGACUUUGAGAAGUUGGAAGUUGAUAGUAAGGUUGCUGACAGGCAUCGCUAGGUAUACUGAGAUGAACUACAUCUUCCAAAUUCUGAAGGACAACGAUCAGUUUGAGUAUUUACUGAUGAAGGGCUCGAAUCGGGAAAACUCCCUGAAAAUAGCCUUGUUGGCUUAUUUGAAGAAGAAUUGCCCCAUGGAGAAGGACCUGUACAAAAUGGUCGCCCUGCACUUUGCCAUGUUCUCUGAAGUCGCCCUCUUGUGGGAGAACGAUGCAAUAGGCGUGAUCAAGAACCUAAUCGGUAUUUCUAAGCUGGAAAUGCAGAAUAAUAAGAUAAAUCCAGAUACCGAGCCUUAUGUUUUAUUUACAAAUACUGAGGGAACAAGAUUGUGUUUGUCAAAGGCUAUGGAAAAUUAUACGUACGCUACUGAGUUUUACCUUCAAGGUGAAAAAUUGAUGAAGGCUAUGCAUACCGCAAAACAGGCCGAACUUAUAGCUAUGCAGUUGUCGUUGUUCAAAGGUUUGUCUUCGUCUGAUACUGCAGUAUGCGUUCUUGAUCUGGAGGAAAGUCAAAUUGUCAAUCUGAUUUCUUCUCAAUUGGGUUUUGAACAGUCGUUAAUUGUGGCCGAAGCUUAUGAAUAUUCACCAGAUUGGGCAGCGGUAUUGUUGAAGCAGUGCGUUCUCCAAAACAAUACCAAUUAUCUGGAACAAUUUCUGAAUCAUCUCCCUUUGACGGAAACCCUCAUCAGGGAGAUAUCACGUCGUUUCAUCUCUAUUUAUGCCACCAUCACGCCAGAGGGCGUGCAGAACAUGAAGGAGAUUUUGAAUAAACUGCCCUCGGUGCAUGCCAAAUAUCAAAUAGCUAGCGAAUUGAGUUUCCACGAUGUAGUAGAGGAUUUGUUGAACACCGGACAGCUAUGUUACUUGAAAGAUACAGUUUGGAAAAGAGGUUAUAGAAAUUCAUAGCAUUACGGUUUUAAUUUUGUUGAUUUUAUUAUUUAGUUUAUGCAGUUGUUUUUUUUUAUAUUUUUGUUACCACUGAUGAGAUUUUAGUUUACUUGACAUUCACUUCCUUUUAUUUCGACUUUUAAAAAAUUUUAUACUGUAUGAAUGAGGACUAAUAAAAUUAGAUGAAUUGUAUAAUAUUGUGAUAUAUAAAAAAUUGUAAUAAGUAAUAUUGAAGUUUUCAGAGAGAAUAUAUAAAAUUUCAGA